AUGGAUCCUGCUCACCCCGGCCCCGACGACGGCUCGGGUUCGAUGCCCCCCAUCCCGCAGGGCACCGCCGACGCCAACGGCGCAGGAGGCAUGCCCUCUUUUACUCCCGACCUGAUGGACCAUGCUGGCCUCAGCUCGGAUCCGAUGGCGGCUAUGUUGGGCGGCCAGAAUUUCCUACAGGACUCGACCAUGGCGGGCAUGCCUCUAGGCGACCCCAAUUUCAUGCUGCCUCUCAUGACGGCCAACGGGGCCCUGCCUAUGCAUCCUCCACCCAACAACACCGUCUCGGCAGAUGAAAUCGCGCUGUAUGAUCGCCAAAUCCGCCUUUGGGGCAUGGCCGCCCAGGCCAAGAUACAAAACGCAAAUAUCCUCCUCAUCACCAUGCGCGCCCUUGCCAACGAGGUCGCCAAGAACCUCGUCCUUGCCGGUAUCGGCUCAAUCACUAUUCUCGACGGCGCGACCGUCACCGAGUCGGACCUCGGCGCGCAAUUCUUUCUCUCAGAGACCGAGGACCCCAUCGGCAAAAACCGCGCCGAGGCCGCGAGUGCUGCUCUGCGCAAGCUCAACCCUCGCGUGCAGGUUCACGUUGACCCAGAGAGCGUCACCGCAAAGGGCCCGAGCUACUUCGCCGGGUUCGACGUGGUCAUCGCGACCGACCUCGACCCAGACACGUUCAAUAUCAUCAACACGGCGACACGCAUCAACGGCAAGGCCUUUUACGCUGCCGGGACACACGGCUUCUACGGCUUCAUUUUCAGCGACCUCAUAGAGCACGAUUACGUGAUUGAGCGAGACUUGGGCAACGUCGCCACCGAGCCCAAGCAGGAGACGCGGACGCGCUCCAUCAUCGACGUCAAGACCAAGACGGAGGGGUCCAAGACGACUGAGAGCGUCACCAAGCGGGAGCUGUACUCGACCUGGUUCCUCGCCAGCGACCUCGCCGUGCUGCCAGAGGAGUAUCUCAAGUCGAAGCGGCGCCUCAGGAGCGUUACGCCCGCGCUCUCGUGCUUCCGCGCGCUGUGGGAGUUCAAGCAGCUCAAGGGCGGCGUCCUGCCCUCCACAUCCAACCGCGACGACCUCAAGAUGUUCACGCAAAUCGCCACCCAGAAGCACAAGGCGCUCAGCCUCCCCAGCGAGACGCUGCGGCCCGAGUUCCUGCGCAGCUUCCUCCAGAACCUGGGCAGCGAGAUCGCCCCCGUCACGGCCAUCCUCGGCGGCCAGCUCGCGCAGGAUGUCAUCAACGUCCUCGGUCAGACCCAGCAGCCCAUACAGAACAUGGUCGUCUUUGACGGUGACAAGAUGGAGGCCGUCAUGUACCCCCUGCAUCCGGAGGGCGCGCUGGGGGCCGGCCUCCUCUCGCUUGGGGGCAACGCCAUGGCCCCCAACGGCGGCGACAUGAUGUUGGACCCGGCCGCCAUGCUGGGCAUGCCGGGGAUGGGAGGAAUGGGCAUGGAUGCCGCGGCUAUGGGACACAUGGCGCCCGUGGACGGCAUGGGCGGCAUGGGCGUGGGCAGCCACGGUGCUGGACUCGCCCAGGGCGAUGUUAACGGCCAGGUGGCCAUGGGAGGCGCCACGACCGACGCACAGUCGACCAGCGUGCAGGAUCCCACGUCAGCUGCGCAGGGAGGAUCGGCAAAUGCAGCGCCGGCGUCGGGCGCAGAACAGGGACAACAGACCGAGGGGCAGGACAGCAAGCCCUCUGAGUCGUAA